UAUAUGCGCAAGUCAUCAUGUUGCAUUGCUUGCGCCAAGACGAGUCGAAUUAGUCGAAUCGCCACCGAUGGCUUGUCGAACUCAGGCAAACGCCUGAAUGAGCUCUAAGAGGCCUGGAUGGGAGCCGUAUGCUUCAAGGGCGCUGAAGAAGCGGCGAGAGGAACUACCGCGGCCGCAGCCGCAGGCUUGGAGUCUGGGCGAGCUUCGGCCAAUGAUGUGGCCGCACAGCGCGGCCAGCGGUCGUUAAGAGCGAGGCUUGCGACAACUGUGCUCAAGGACAAGCAAAGGCAUUCUCGAGGGCUUGCGCUGGUUGAAAGCCAAGAGCUUGCGGUGCUGCUUGCCGGCUUGCAAAACCCAGCCGUCGUGCUAUGCAUUUCACGGCAGCCUGCGCCGGACACGGCCUUCGACACGGCCACCAGUCUGCUGACCAGCACUGGCCGCGAGCGGUUCACGGAGCGCCCCCGAGUGGUGCUGGAUGGGCCGUAUGGACAGCCAUUCCUGGCGUUGCCGCUGCACUUCGACAGCUCGGCAGCGCUCACAUGCUUGGCCACCAACACUGCCGCUGAGGCGGGAAUGCAGCUGUGCAACGACCAGGAUGUCUUGGGCCUGCUGGCAGCGCAGUGCCUUCGUGACCCCAGUCUGCAGGCCCUCCUGCGCGAUGUGGUGAAGCGCUUGUUGCUAGGGGGACGAUGCAGCGCAGUAAGCCAUCUCGCGCCCACCUGGGGCGGCGGCGACGUGGCAUGCGCAACCAGUGCGGCAGCGGAUGCUACCCGGAGCGCAUCGGCGGCAGGAGGUGUUGGUGGAGCUGCGACGACGCAGGAGCAGCACUUUCAAAGCGUGCGGAUCACACCAUUCAUGUGCCGGCUUGCUUCAUCGGCCGUUGGCGGGAUGCCUGAGCCCACCAGCCCCAACGUCGCGGAUGCCUCGGAAAGGGCAGCGGUUGCUUACGCCACUGCGAUUGGCGGCGCAGCCGCGGCGCAACCCUUGGGUGGCGCCAGCACCACCCCUGUCGUCAGCGUCAGCGCCAGCAGCCCCGUGGUGCCGGCCUUGAUUCUGGAGCUUGGUGUGCCAUACGAGGGCAAGGAUCUGGCAUCGCGGCUUCAGCGUGACUACAUGAUCCUGUCCAACAUCCCCUCCAUAGUCACCAUGUUCGACCUGAGCGGGCGCGUGUUGCAUCAGAACCGGAGCAGCAUCCAGUAUCUUGGCUAUCUUGCCGGAAUGGACCGGACGGACGAUGGAGAGGAGGACGGCGGCGGCGUGGCCGCCGGGCGAGGGGAAGGGGAGCUUGGGCCAUCUGGCCACGGCGGGAUGGAUGUCAGAGGCGGCACCGGCAUUAGCAGCCAGGAGGCUGCUGCUGCGGAUGCUGCCGCCGUCCAGCGCAACUGGCUGCAGCAGCUCUUUGUCCUGGACGCGGGGCGGCUUCAGGAGCUCAUGGAGGCUGUGGCGGCGGGCAGCGAGUGGCGAGGCCUGGUGCAGAUGCCUCACGGCAGCUUCUGGCAGCAAUGCGACAUGUUGCCCCAGCAGCAGCCACACACGCCGCGCCAACAGCAGCACCAGCGUCAGCAGCACCAGCCGCAACAUGCGUGGACACAGCAGGAGCCGUUUCCGCGGGCGAUCCUGGGCGCAGGCACCUCGACCAGUGACCUGGCUGCGGGCGGCGUGUACCGGGUGGCGUUGUCAGGACGGGGAGCCCGCAUGAGCGUUGACGCGGGCAGCAAUGGCGGCCGCGCCUACGUGCGCAGCGGGACUAGCCACAGCGACACAGCUCUGACUCGGAUCCUGGCAGCAGGCGUGCCUGCCGGGGGAAGAGCUGCUUUCUCUCCCCGUCCGCGCGCGGUCACGGAGCCGACCCAAAAGGCCGCGGAGGAUGCCGCAGAUCGCUUCGCUGCCGCGGGCAUGGCAUGUAGCGGGGACGGCAGCACCUCACGCCAGCAGCAGCAGACAGAAGGCGCGGCCCCACUGCGGCGUGUGUCCCAAGUGCUUUUCGGGGAGGGCCUGGUCGUGACCACCCGUGGCCUCAGCGCGAGCGAGCAGGCGCUCCACACACGGGCGGCGACACGGCAGGGCGCCGCCGCUGAGGCAUUCCUGGCGGCAGGCAGCUCGUCGGUGUCAGGAGCAGUCAAAGUCUCUGUGUCAGACUGGGCAUCCAACGCCGUGCUGGCGUUGCCUGUUGCCGCAGCACCAGCAACCGAGGAGCGGGCGCCCAUGCCCUCGGCUUUCACGCACCUGGCAGCCACGAUGCUGCCAGAGUAUCCGAAUGUUGGGGACGCAUGCGCAACGCCGCCGGCGCCGGCGGAGUCGCAAGGCGCCGCCGCCGGUGAGGAGCCGACUGGCGUUGGCCGUGAGCGCCCCGCAGCUCCAACGCGUGAUGCGCUGCCAGUUGUGCAGACGCACGAACACCAGAUGCCUACGGAUCCUGUCGAUCACGGUGUCCGCAGCGCCACUGUAGCGCCAGUGACCGGCGGGCCCCCGGCUGUGAGCCAGGGCGCCGCAGCGACGUCAGGGCCGGUGGCGGCAGGUGCCAUGCCGGCAAGUGAGCCUCCUGCGCGCGUUGGCCCGGGCGGGCUCUUGCAGCGCCGGCAGAGUAGCAUCGCGCGGAGAGGUGCCGGUGCGGGGCCCAGCCGCUUCCAGGCGGCCGCCGCAGCAGCGGUGGCAGGGGUGCGCAUGCGGGCGCCAUCAGACGAUGCAGACGACGGGCAGCAGCAGGCGGUGGAAUGCAGGGCGGUUCUGCCGCACAGCAGCAGCCCCGCUGACCCGCCGCCAGCUGGCCAACCUGAGCACGUGGGCGAUACCGCGUGUGGCGCUGCAGCAGCUUCCACGGCCCAGCCGCCGCAGCCGCCGGCGGCGGCGGCCACAGCGGGUGUACCGCCUGGUGAUGCGGAGGCGGACGCAGCCGCUGCGGCAGCAGGCGGCAGGAGUGGCUUGCCAGGUGCGGCGGGCGUGGCGGGUGCGGCGCGGGAGGCAUCGCCGCGCGGGCAGCGGCGCCACAGCAGCACGGGCUGUUCAGCAGCGCAAGCCACUCCAGGCAUGUCGGGCGGCAACAGCAGCUUCCAGCAGUGGUACACGCCCGAUGGCACCGCAGAUGCCCCCGGCGCGGUGCCCAGCUUCUCAAAGUACCCGCCGCUGCCUUCGUUGCCGCCCCCUCCGCCGCUGCCCGCCAUCCAGUCUGCAUCCAUUUCCAGCGCAAGCCCCGCAAGCCCGGCAAGCGCCGUCGGUGCGGCUCCAGUCGUGCCAGCCUCGGCUGCGCCAUCUGUCAGGCUGCGGGCCCAGCAGACGCUGCUGCCGCACAUAUCGUUGCUGCCGUCCAAUGCACCCUCGCAGCACCCCUCGCAGCACUACGGACACAGCAGCUUUGAGCCGGGCUCGUCCCUCUUCAGCGAUCUAGUCCCCUCUUUGCUGAUGGACAGGAGCUCCAUGGAUCCAGGCAGCGAAGCCAACACGGCAUUGUUCACAAACGACAUCACUCACGACCCCGCGCUGCAGAGGCAGCUCACACAUCAGCACAGCCACAGCUACGGCAGCCGCGCCCGCGCAUCGAUGCGGUCGGGCCCGCGCUCUUCGCGCGGCAGUGGCUCUGCCUUCGCGUCACCUGCAUCCACGGCAGUCACCACCGUGGGGGCUCCUGGAGCAAGUGGGCGCGGCGGCGGCUAUGGUGCAGCGUUGUGGGCGUCUCCUUCGGCCUCCGGCUCAGGCCGCAGCGGUGCCCGAACGCUGCCAGGCGCAGCCGAUGAGGCCUUGGCGUCCGUAAUGCCGCCGCCGUCUCUGGCACGGAGCGGCGAGGCGAGCGGCAGUGCUGGCGGCAAGGGGCUGCAGGCCCGCGCCAGCAGUGAAGACAGCGGCUGCAAGGUAACCGGCGGGGGCCCGGUCGGCGGCGCCAUGGCCGGCAGCGGCGGCGCAACGGGUGGCGAGGUUGCGCCGACCGGCGCGCUGGCCGAGGCUGUGCGGGUGGUCAACUCCCUGGCGUGGGGAUCGCUGCCUCCAGCAGGUGGGGUGGGUGCGGCGGGAGCGGACGCCGGGGCGCUCGCUGCGGUGGGGCGUGGGGUGCUGCCAUCAGUCAUGGAAUCACCCAUGGAUCAGCAUCACAGGGAUGGCCGCACCGAUGUCUGCCCUCGCGGUCCGGACGAGACCCGGCCUCACCAAGGCCAGCAGCAGCAGCUCGAUGUGCUACAGCAAGGGCUGCAGUCAGGGGGCAGCAUCAUCGGCACCCCAACCGCCGCCGGCGGAAACAUCACCAGCGCCAGCACCCGCGCGCCACCACGCACGCGGUACACGCCCACGCAACAGCAGUUCUCCCUGAUGGCCCGUGGCCACCCGCUCAGCCUCGCCUCAAGCAACACCAAUGGGGGCAGCAUUAGCCGGCGCCAUGAUCACGCCUACGGCAUGGAAAUGGAGGCGAACGGGCCGGAUAGUGGGAAUCCAGACACGCUGUCGGGUUUGGCCACCUCGACGGAUGUUGCGUUCUCCAUCGACCUGCUCGCAAGCAACGCGUUCCCAACGGCUAUCACAGCGACAAUGAGCCCGGCAACAACUGUCGCCGCAAACGCUAUCCAGCAGACUGCCGGGAGCACGCCGGCCCAAGCAGUGCAUGGUGGUUGGGUGCUCCAGCCAGCGCAGCAGCACAGUGCAGCUCCUGCGGCGAAUCAGUUGCAGAGCCUGCAGCGGACAUUGUCAUCGGAGCCCGAGCUGCGAAUGCAAAUCGAAGCGGCCGUGUCGUACCCGACGUCACCUUCGCCGGCGGCAGCUGCUCAGAUGGAGCCCCGGCAGCAGCAAGCGCAGGAGCAGCAGGACGCAACGCAUGGUGCGGGGCCUUCCUUCCGCGAGCCUGGCGUUGGCCAGCAGGCUGUUACAUUGCCCCCACGUGAGGGGCUCCUGGGUGCCAGCGCAGUCAGCGUUGGCCGCUCGGGGCCUGUGAGGGAGGGCGGCCUCUCGGAGGAAGACCAGCGCCCCCUCGCACCACCGGAUGCGCUGGGCUCCGAAGCAUCCCUUGCGCCGUCAGCCCACGUAACGCUUCAGUUUCAGCAGCUGCAGGGAACUCAAAGGGAGCUGCUGCUGCAGCAGCGACAGCAGCAGGAGAGUGACUCAGACGUGCCGCUGGCUGCGCUAGCGCGGCUGCGCAUUCCACGCCAGGCGGCUCUCGUGCCCACGGCGGAUGCGGUGUCGCGGUCCUCGCCACUCCGUGCGCGCGGAGCACACCUAGUGAGGGCCAGCAGCGCCCAGGUGUCCGUGGCAAUGCCCUGCCGUAGCAGCAGCGGGGGCAGCAGCGGCGGCUCCGCCACGUGCCCGCCUGCGCUGCUGCUGGCCAGUCGCUCCAACCCGCUCCCCGCCGUUGGCCUCGGCCUGGUCGCAAAAGGUGGGCUGAGCAGCAUGCCCCUGCAGGUUGCAAAGGCGGGCCAGGCAGAUGGCAUAACCGUUGGGGCGGCCGCGGCAGUUGAUGUCGCAGCUCCAGUGCGCAUCGCCGGAUCGGUGGAGGCUGGGAGUGCUGGCAGUGUUGCUGCCCGCCACGAGCCGGAGAGUGGCAACCGCGGGGAUGGUCCUGGCCCUGGCGCCGAUGGUACUGCCGAUGCAAGCGGUGCAGAGGUGGGCCCGCCAGCACGGGCGCAGCCGGCCGACGCGGCACCGACAGGCACACCGCCGGCUCCUGCAGCAGCACUUGUUCCUCCGCCAACCGUGGCUUCCACGCCCGCCAGCAGCCGUCCGAAGCUGACGUCAUACAUCCACGCCAGCCAUGCAGAGGAUCGCAGGCUGCGCGGCCUGCUAGCGGCGUACGGCAGCAGCAGCGGGCCCGCAGGCCGGCUUGGGAGCCCCAUGACAUUGGCGUGUGGCGGCGGUGGAGGCGGCGGCAUCAGUCGGGCUGCGUCGGCGGCGCCGUUCAGCCGCACCAGCCUGCAAAUGACGUCGCAGCACCAGCAGCCCGUGUCGCCGCCUGGUGUCGCCGUGGCGCUGCCGCAAUCUGCCACCGCUGCCUCCGCCGCAUGGCAGCAGCAGCGGCUGCAAGCGGGGCAAAGCGUAGAUGGCAUCCAGCGCGGUAAAAGCGACACGAGUCGGACAGUCAGUGAGGCGGCAGCAAACGGGGGUUACCUGCCCAUGCUUCCAAUCGAUGUGGCCGCGGCUGCGGCGCGCGAGCGGGGUGCAGGCGCCGGAGCGGAGCAGGCCGCUGCAAACCUACGGCCAAAGAGCUCGCAGCCGACGCCGCUGUCGCCGCAUCUGCAGGCAAGUCAGCUGCCUUCUGGGCCGAGCGUGGUGAGCCCAUACAGCACGGGUGCGGCAUUCGCCGGAGGCACCGCAGGCGGGAGAGCCAGCCAUACCGGCAUGGUUGCGCCGCACGGCGCAAGGGGCUCCAUGCAGCCCAUUCCUAGCACCAGCAUGGGCCGGGUCCUGUCGGCAGGGCACUUGGGGGCUCUGGCGACUCUCGCCACGGCACCCACCGGCGGCGCGCCACCGGCGUCUGUGUGUCCCAGCAACCCCAUUCCAGGCAGCGCGCUGGUCGCCAGCUACGGCGAGAGCUGCCGCUGGUUUGAGGUGCACGCCACACCUGUGCCCGACCCGAGUACGGCGGGGCAGCAGCAAGGCGGAACCCUAAUCAUGGUGAUUCAGACGGACGUGACAAGCAAGGUGCAGGUGGAGGAGCGCCUGGCCCGCGUGCUGGAGGCCGAGCACCGCCUACUCGCAGACAUCUUCCCCUCCCACGUGGUGCGCCACAUGACUCAGCGCCGCCGCGAUGAGGCGGAGCUGGAGCGCAAAGGCAUGGUGCUGCUGAAGAACAUCCAGGACCCGGCCGCAUUGGCAACCUCCCACGAGUGCAUCACAGUGCUGUUUGCCGACAUCAAGGGCUUCACGGACAUGUCCAAGGAGGUGCCGGCAGCCACCGUCAUGACCUUCCUGAACGACCUGUACACGCGCUUCGACAGCCUGACGGACGUGUACGGCGUCUACAAGGUGGAGACCAUCGGCGACUGCUACAUGGUGGCAGGCGGGCUGGUGGCGCGCGAUGAGGACGGCUAUGGGCGCGCGGUGCGGGGGCAGGGUGACGUGGACCCGCUGCACGCCAUGCGUGUGCUGGCGUUUGCACGCGCCAUGCUGGAGGAGGCAGCGAGCGUGGCGCUCCCGACAACCGGAGAGUCCGUGAAGAUGCGGGUGGGCAUUCACAGCGGGCCCGCCACCUCCGGAGUGGUUGGGCACAAGAUGCCUCGCUUCUGCCUGUUCGGCGACACGGUCAACACCGCCAGCCGCAUGGAGAGCACGGGGCGGCCGGGUGUGAUCCACGUGUCUGCCGCCACACGCGCCCUGCUGCCGCCCGAGGAGGACGAGGAGGGCUGGGCGCCCACCGGCGGCGUGGACGUCAAGGGCAGGGGGCGCAUGGACACGUACAUCUGGUGUACCAAGGCGCCCGGCGCAGAGCGCCGCCAGCGGACCCGCUACCAACGCGCGCAGCUGCUCGGCACGCUGUCCAACCUGGCACCCGCGCUGUCCGUCGCAGCCGCGUCCGUCGGCGGCGGCAGCAUGGGAUCUCAGGGCGCUGGAUCGCCUGCCGUUGGCGGCGGCGCCUUGCCGGCGGCGCCUUCCGUUGGAGUGGCAGGCGCAGCAUAUGGGCCAUCCACCUCAGCACUGCUCUCGCCGCGGCGCGCGACGCGGCUGGAGGACAAGGCGUCGCUCAUGAGGACGUACACGCAUAUGAACGCGCGGGAGGAGCAUGCCUGAAUGAACGAGGGCUGCCCGGGUGAUCCCUGGGAUCCGGUGGCAAGCGGGCUGGCCAACAAUUUAUGACGGAACGUAUGAGGACGGAGCACACGUAGCUUUUAUGGCAAUGCACUGAGAGAGUCAUUGGUGUAUCAGCAACAGCCGUGGACACAACGUAAGGAGUAUUAUGCUGCCGCAGCAAGAGUUGCAAACUCCAAAUGGAUCGGUGGGCUCAUGUCUGCGAGCUGCUGCAAGUAGGAGAACGGUAGCCAUCGGCAUUGCACGCAUGGUUGCCACACCGGCACGAUCACGUGCUGAUUCUGUUGGCACUGCAUCAUAUGAUUGCGAGGUGACCAGCAUGGACACUCAAUGGACACUCAAUGGGCACUCAAUGGACACUCAAUGGACACUCAAUGGACGCGCCCUGCCACCACACGGUAACGGCCGGGGGCAUCGGUGCUCUGGGUCCCUGAGGACCCGAACCCGCUGGCCUGCGCCGGUACCGGGGCUUGGCAGUAUGCGUGGUGGACUGCUUGUACAUGGCCGGGAAUGGGUGAUAUAGGGGUCCCGAUGGUGCCCCCAUUCGGAUUGAAAAACGACAUUUGCCGGGUCAUGAAGCUGCGACCUCAUAAUGCACGUAUGAGUCCGGGGACAUGGGCGCUGGGCUUGACACACUUGACUCCGGGUCGCGCGCAGAAUGCAUUUGUCCCUGGUCUCGGGGUUAACCGGGGGCCUCAGCCCCCCCCUCGUCCAGGCGCCGCGCCCCACCCGCACGGAGCGGCCAAUAUCCAGUGCUGGGACCGCCUUCGCCCUACGCGUUUGGUACCACUUGGGGUCGGUUAGCGGGGUCUAGUAUGUGGGUGUAUGGGUACUUGUUAUUGAAGAUUUGUGUGGACUCGUGCUGGUAUACCGGUACGGAAUGAUGUCCAUGAGACACUGUGCCCGAAUCGACAUUUGCAACCGCGUGCAAGUUGCGUGACGAGGGCUUAGCGGUCGUGUAGUUACUGGGUGAUGCACAUUGGUGAUGCGUCUCGGCUCUGGAGGGUUGUGGAGGAGACGGCAGUUGAGCGGGCAUCAGCGCAUUCAUGUAGAAGGCUAGCUGGUAGUGUGACGGACGGUCGGUGACGGGCGAGGUUACCGUGUGCGUACCUUUAGUGCGCGGCGGUUGGGAGGUUUCCCUAAUUUUUUCCUGGAGGUUCGUUUUUGCCAAGAUUGUCAACUGGGAUUGCCUCCGCCUCCAGCAGUGGCAGCAGGGGAGAGUCUCCCCUGAGUAGCAGCGUGCAAGUGCGUCAGCGCGUGGCACGGGGGGCAGGCAAGGCCACGUGGAGGAGGGCGCGGCGCCACCCGAGAAGUUGAGACUUGGGACCUGCUGGUGUCUGGUUUGCGGUUUUUGCUGGCGAGAAAAUUCGGGCGGAGCGAGAGGUGCCUUCGCACGUCCAUGGACAAUUGACUUUCGCGA